UCCAAGGUGGAGGACAUUGUGCAGGAGGUCUAUGAUGCCUACAAGACAAACCGUCACUCCUCACAGUAUGUCCUGCAGCGGGAGAAGCACUUCCAUUACCUGAAGAGAGGGCUCCGACAGCUCACGGAAGCCUACGAGGUACUGGGAAUGCCAGAUCUCUCUCCGUGGAGCCACUGCGUCUGGAUGCCAGCCGGGCGGAUCCUGCACAGCCUGGAGCUGCUGAAUGAGCCCAUUCCUGAGUCAGUGGCCUCUGAUGUCUGCCAGUUCCUGAAGCGCUGCCAGAGCCCCCAGGGUGGGUUUGGGGGCGCUGGCCACCACCCGCAUCUCGCCCCCACCUAUGCUGCUGUCAACGCGCUCUGCAUCAUCGGCACGGAGGAGGCUUUUGAUGUCAUUGACAGGAAGAAGCUGAUGGAAUAUCUACACUCGCUGAAGCAGCCCGAUGGCUCCUUCCUCAUGCAUGUGGGUGGAGAGGUGGAUGUCAGGAGCGCCUACUGCGCCGCCUCGGUGGCCUCCCUGACCAAUAUCCUCACUCCCACACUCUUCGCUGGGACGGCUGAGUGGAUCGCCAGGUGCCAGAACUGGGAGGGUGGGAUCGGCGGUGUGCCGGGCAUGGAGGCGCAUGGCGGCUACACCUUCUGCGGCAUGGCCGCGCUGGUCAUCCUCAAGCAGGAGCAUUUGCUGAACCUCCGGAGCCUCCUGCGCUGGGUGACUGGGAGGCAGAUGCGCUUCGAGGGUGGAUUCCAGGGCCGCUGCAACAAGCUGGUGGAUGGGUGCUACUCCUUUUGGCAAGCUGGGCUCCUGCCCCUGAUCCAUCGGGCACUCCAUGCCGGGGGUGACACGGCGCUCAGCAUGGCACACUGGAUGUUCGACCGGCUGGCACUGCAGGAGUUGCGGGACUGCCAGUGCCCAGCCGGGGGACUGCUGGAUAAGCCAGGAAAAUCCCGGGAUUUCUACCACACCUGCUACUGCCUGAGCGGGCUGGCCAUCGCCCAGCACUUUGGAAGUGGAGACCUCCACAAUGAGGUGGUCUUGGGUGUCCCUGAGAACUGCCUGCAGCCCACACACCCUGUCUACAACAUCGCCCCGGAGAAGGUGGCGAGGGCAGUGACGUACUUCCUGCAGUAUCCCGUGCCCAGCCUGGAUCCGGCACCUGCUGCCGACUAA